AUGGCAGUGUCACAUGUUACUGACAUUGAAGUUUUGCCUCACAGUGAGGCUCACAGUGCUGAAGCAGCUACGGAAAGGAAGAAAAAGAGUAUCAUUUGGACUUUUUUCUCUAUUUGUGUAACUGACAACACAAAAGCUGUGUGUGGUACUUGUCAGGAGAAAGUGUCUCGUGGAGGAAAGUCUUCUAAGUCAUUCAAUACAACUAACCUUCGGAAACACUUGGAGUUACAUCCCAAGCAGUUCAAGGAAUUUUCAGGCAUGGAGGAAGAGAAGGUGAAGGAGAAAGGAAAGGGAAAGCGACAAGCUACUGUGGAUGGCUUGUUUGAAAGGCAAAGACCUUACUCACUAGAUCACCAUAAGUCAAAGGCACUCUCCUAUCGUAUAGCUGAAAUGAUGGCUGUGGACCUGCAGCCUUUUAGUUUAGUAGAAGAUCCAGGUUUUUGUCGACUAAUGAAAGAAGCAGAUCCACGAUAUAGCAUACCUAGUAGAAGAUACUUCUCUGACGUUCUCAUUCCUCAAAUUCACACUAAAAUCACUUCUCUUGUCUCACAGCUACUUAAGUCUACUCAGUAUAUUAGUGUCACUACUGACAUAUGGUCUAGUGGCCAUUCGCACCAUUCAUUUAUGAGCUUAGUAGCACACUUUAUUGUUUCUGAAAGUUUUGAAAAGAAAUCGCUUAUGCUAAGCUGCUGGAAAUUUGAUGAGAGUCAUACUGCUGAAAACAUUUCGUCUAGUAUUUUAUCUCAUUUACAGUCCUGGGACAUUGGAGCAAAAUUAGUCUGUGUUGUAAGGGACAAUGCAGCAAAUAUGGUUGCUGCCAUGAAUGUUGCUGGUCUUCCUUCACUAGGAUGUCUAGCCCACACACUUCAAUUGAUUAUUAAAGAUGGUAUAUUUCAGCAACCUGCUGUGCAGAAUCUUUUAACUUCUGCUAGGUCAUUAGUUGGGUUUUAUAAUCGUUCUAACACAGCAUUUCAUAUGUUUCAACAAGUUCAAGAGCAGCUAGGUCUACCUAAGCACUGUCUUUUUCAAGAUAUUUCAACACGUUGGAACAGCUCAUUUUACAUGCUACAACACCUCCUGGAACAGAAAAGAGCAAUUACUGUUGCCAGCACAGAAUGUGAGUCAACUCCUCCUACAGAAUUAAGAGCCCAACAAUGGACUUUGGCUGAGAAAGUAGUAAAGAUGUUGGUGGUAUUUGAAGAGGCAACACGUGAAGCCAGUGGAGAUUAUGCAAGCUCAGCUAUAAUUAUACCGAUUAUUAAUACUCUUAAAGUAGCACUAUCAACAGAUGAAGAUGACAGUGGAGUUAUGAGGAUGAAGAGGGGAAUGCUUAAGUCAUUAGAAGAUAGAUAUAGCAAUGUAGAACAGAAUCCUUUCUGUGCUAUACCAAUAGUUCUUGAUCCUAAAUUCAAGCUACAAGUUUUCUCCUAUGAUGGAAAUGCUGCACAUGCUAGGAUGCUGGUAACUACUGAGUGUGAACAAGUUUUAACAAGUCUUAAAGUACAUGAGGAGAGUCCAGCCAAGCGCCAUAGAUCUGAAGUGGGAAACCAUUCAUCUUCCCUUUGGAACAUUUUUGAUGAAAUGAUUGAUAAGCCAACCACUUCAAAUCAUGAAAACGGCUAUACGGCUGAAGUAAUGAUAGAGAUGUACCUAAAGGAGCCAAUUCAGCCACGUCAUAUUGAUCCUCUUGAAUAUUGGAAGGAAAAGAAACAGGUUUGGAACGGUUUGGCUAUUAUGGCUUCAAAGUACCUUACCAUUCCCCCUUCAUCAGCAUCAUCAGAGCGACUAUUCAGUACUGCUGGAGACAUUAUUUCAGAAGAAAGAAACAGGUUGAGUACAGAAAAAGCAGAAAUGUUACUAUUUUUGAAGAAGAACUUACCAAUUUUUGAUUAUAAAUAUUAA